CAUAUUGUUACCUUGAUGGGUCAGCAUGUUAAAAACCCCAAACAAAUUGACCACGUGGAUGUGUAUUUGGCAUCUCUUUUAAUAGUGUUCUUUAAUGUUCAGGAAGAACUCGGAGAAGGUGAGAGUCUGUACACUUCAGCCACCAUGUCUGGAAUUGGUAAUAAACGGGCAGCUGGAGAGCCUGGCCCUUCUGCACCUCCAGAGAAAAAGGCAGGGGUUGAAGAUUCAGGCACCACUGUGGAGACCAUUAAACUUGGUGGUGUUUCAUCAACGGAGGAGCUGGACAUCCGGACCCUGCAGACCAAGAACCGGAAGCUCGCAGAGAUGCUCGACCAGCGCCAGGCCAUCGAAGAUGAGCUGCGGGAGCACAUUGAGAAGCUGGAGUGUCGGCAAGCAACCGAUGAUGCCUCUCUGCUGAUCAUCAACCGAUACUGGAAUCAGUUUGAUGAAAAUAUCCGCAUCAUCCUUAAACGCUUCGACCUGGACCAAGGUCUUGGAGACUUUUUGUCUGAAAGAAAAGCACUGGUGGUGCCAGAACCUGAACCAGACUCUGACAGUAAUCAGGAGCGCAAAGAUGAGAGAGAACGAGGGGAAGGACUGGAGCCAGCAUUCUCCUUCCUGGCCACUCUAGCCAGCAGUACCAGUGAGGAGAUAGAAUCUCAGCUGCAGGAGCGUGUGGAGUCCUCCCGCCGAGCUGUUGCCCAGAUUGUGACAAUGUAUGACAAGCUGCAGGAGAAGGUGGAUGUGCUGUCUCACAAGCUGAAUAGUGGAGAUAUUUCACUGAUGGAAGAAGCAGUAGUGGAGUUGAAUUCCUACCUGUCACAUGAGAAUGGACGGCUGCAGGAACUGGUUGAUGUUCUUCAGGAGAAGCACAGAAUCAUGUCUCAGGAGUUCUCCAAGCUGCAAGAGAGGGUGGAGACAGCAGAAUCCCGGGUGUCUGUCCUAGAGACAAUGAUUGAGGACCUUCAGUGGGAUAUUGACAAGAUCCGCAAGCGGGAGCAGAGGCUCAACCGCCACCUGGCCGACGUCCUGGAACGAGUAAAUUCCAAAGGCUACAAGGUGUAUGGAGCUGGGAGCAGCCUCUAUGGGGGAACAAUCACCAUUAAUGCCCGCAAGUUUGAGGAGAUGAAUGCAGAGCUGGAAGAGAAUAAAGAGCUUGCUGGGAAUCGCCUUAAUGAAUUGGAGGAACUACGUCAGGAUCUUGAGGAAGUAACAACACAAAAUGAAAAGCUCAAGGUGAGACAUCUGUAGCUAUGUGAGGAUGAA